ACAAAACAACGAAAGCAGGCUUAUCAACAAAAAUUUGAUGAUAUGAAGGGAUUGUGUUAUUUGAAAGAAAAUAUUGCUAAGAUGAACGAAGAUGCUAUUACGCGUGGAAUACAUCCAGACAACUUGUUGGAGGCGCUUACAGGAGCGAGUGUUAGUGGUUCGACAUAAGUUUUGUUUUGAAUUUGAAGAACUUUUGAUAAAAAAUAUUUUUACAAUAAAUAAAAAUAAUUGAUUAUUGUUUUGAACAAUUAAAAAAAAUUGUUGAAAAUUUAA